AGGAGGAUGUGUUGCUCGUGCACAACUGGAGGCAGCAGGGAGUGAAGCAGCAUCUGUAUGAGGCAAGAGGAAGCAACUGCACAGAAUGGAGGAGAGCUAGAGCAGCACCGUCGCUGUCAUCAGGAUAUCCGAUGCCUCACCACCACUGCCGCUCGAAAACUGCAUAUUAAUGAGAGACCCAGAGCAAUUCUGUGUACAGCAUUCGCAUGCAUUCCUCUGUGAAAUGUGUUAAUUACCUCGGAGAGGGUUUGAUUAGCAACGUGAAUACAUUCUUGCCGUUUGUAGGAUGCUGUUCUGUAUAUUAAAGGCAUGUGAUUGAGGCAGUUUGUUACUAAGCUCUGUAAUGCCCGAAGGACCAGCUGAGUGGAUCUGCUGCCACCUCUGAUAUGAUGCUGAGAGCAGGAGGGACAACCACCUUUCUCGCACUGCUGCUGCUGCUGCCGUUGCUGUGCUGCUGCCACCUGUGCCACUCAUUGCGGGUACCAAAGCUCUCAUCUUAUGCAAAAGCAGAGGACAAGCUGUUCAAAUACCUCUUUGGAAGCUACCAAAAAUGGGUUCGUCCCGUGGAAUACCUCAACCAGACGAUCUGUGUGAAGUUUGGACUGGCCAUCUCCCAGCUAGUCGAUGUGGAUGAGAAAAACCAGCGGAUGACAACCAAUGUGUGGAUGAAACAGGAGUGGUCUGACAUGAAACUCAGAUGGAACCCUGAUGACUAUCUGGGCAUCACAACUAUCCGAGUGCCCUCUAACCGGCUCUGGCUUCCUGACGUUGUACUGUACGAUAACUCAGAUGGGCGUUUCGAGGGGACAGUCACCAAAGCUGUUGUUAAGUAUGAUGGAAGGAUAUCGUGGACACCCCCAGCCAAUUACAAGUCAGCCUGCACCAUCGAUGUAACCUUCUUCCCAUUUGACCUCCAGAACUGUUCCAUGAAGUUUGGCUCCUGGACGUACGAUGGCUCCCAGGUGGACAUCAUUCUGGAAGACUUCCACGUAGACAAGCAGGACUAUUUUGACAAUGGCGAAUGGGAGAUAGUCAAGGCCACAGGCAGCCGUGGUCUGAGGACAGAUGGCAGCUCCUCCUACCCCACCAUCACCUAUUACUUCAUCAUCCGCAGGUUGCCUCUUUUCUACACCCUCUUCCUCAUCAUCCCCUGCAUUGGCCUGUCCUUUCUCACCAUCCUUGUUUUCUACCUGCCCUCCAACGGCGGCGAGAAGAUCUCUCUCUGCACCUCAGUGCUGGUGUCGCUCACCGUUUUCCUCUUGGUCAUCGAAGAGAUCAUCCCGUCCUCCUCGAAGGCUAUCCCUCUUAUCGGGGAGUACCUGGUGUUCACCAUGAUCUUUGUCACACUCUCCAUCAUCAUCACCGUCUUUGCCAUCAACAUCCAUCAUCGCUCCUCCUCUACACAUCACGGCAUGGCACCAUGGGUGAGGAAGAUUUUCCUGCAUCGACUACCUAAGCUGCUGUGCAUGCGCAGCCAUGUGGACCGUUACGCCGCAGCCAGAGUGGCCGGGACGGGAGGAGCAGUAGGACUGGGCAUGAUGGAGGAUUCAGCACCUGAACUCACCCCCCUACUCUACACAAGACGUCACCUGCAAGCAGCGUUAAAGUCUAUUCGCUACAUAACCAUGCAUGUUGUGAAAGAAAAUGAGGUCAGAGAGGUGGUACAAGACUGGAAGUUUGUAGCCCAGGUUCUGGAUCGAAUGUUUCUGUGGGCCUUCCUCCUGGUGUCGAUCCUGGGCUCUGCUCUUCUCUUUAUCCCAGUUAUUUACAAAUGGGCCAGCAUCAUCGUCCCUGACCAUGCUGGAAGUACCCUUUAAAAGAACCACACAUUGGAGCACACUAACCAACAAAUGGAUUCAAAGCACAUAAACAGCCCACUGUGGGUCUCUUUGAGGGACUGAGAGACUGGGAUUAGCAUUGGCAUUCGGGCUUGCCCUGCAUGGUCACUCUGUAAAUUCAAGCUUCAGAUUUAAGGACUCACUGCUUUCAUCCAUCUCACAAAAACAUGUUGUUUUUUAAAACGAGAUUUAUCAAAUUUUGUAUUUAAUUUAAUUUAAAGAUAAUUGAAAAUACUAAUUUUAAUGUAGUACUUAUAACAACAUUCCAAAUUCAUUCAGCCACAUCCGCAUUUUGUCAAAAUUUCACGCAUCAAUUCAUUUCAGCACAUUCAUUUUACCUACUGUACAUGCUGGAUCGCAUAAGGGGAGAUUAAUCUUUGGGGCUGGAAAGGGUUCAUACAGUAGAUACUAAAAUGGCAAGAAUAUUUCCUUGUGAUAAAUGUAUCAUUAACAGCCCUCAUGAUUCAGGACACAGUUAAGAAUUCAAUCCAUUUCAUUUCAAAACUUUUGUAUCCCUGAAAAAAGGCAAUUACAAGGUGGCUCUCUGCCCAGAUCAAUAGAUACACACACAAUAGAGAAAAGAUGUUCAUUCUCAUUUGACAUAUUACUCUGUCUGCCUCUCCACUAUCUACGCGGCUUUGAAAGAUGACCACUCUGUCUAUCGGGCAUAAUUCUAAUAAAAGUGAUGGUCCAGUUUUGCUCUUCUGGAGGCUAUUUCUAAUUCCAUAAAUCACACAUUCUCCUUGCUUGUGUGAGAAAGAGUGCGGUCUGUCUUGCGUGGGCUUGAGUUUCCCAGCCAGCACUUCCUUUCAGCCUGAGGACGGAUUCUGGCAGGAAUGUUAGAGGAUCCUUGGUAACAGCUCCAUACAAUGAUACUGGUGUUCACAGUUUAGCCUACUGAAACCUAGGACAAAUUUGACCCUCCUCCAUCACGAGUGGACGAAAGAUGGUUUAACAUUUCCAUAUUUGUCCUGUUAUUUGAUGUUGCAUACAGAUGCCUCAGAUAAUGAGAUUCAGGGCAAUGUAAUAAAGGGCCUCAGGCCAAUUUACCACUG